AUGAUCCGAGAGAGCGAGAAUGAGACCGCCAAAUCAUUUCCAGUGCGCUUCUCCGAAAAGAGACUAGCCAGGGAUUUCCGGAAAAAAAAGUCUGUAGACGGAAAGGCUAGCCCUAGUCGGGAUGUGGUCGGCUUCCAUGCUCCUGACAAUGCCUCCUGUCUAGAAAGGCUGAACACCGAGUCGCUUGUCCUUUCGGGCCAUGAUGCCAUUAUCUCAAGUGUUGCUCCUGAUUGCGAUGUCCAAAUUGGCUCUCGACUACAGCUAUGUUUCAAAUUAGGAUGGCGACCACCCAACAAACACGCCAGUAUUUUCAGUCCUGAAUACCUCAGUAUUGCUCAAUUGCCAUUAUGCACCCCUACAGCCCGUGGUCCGUAUACGGUGCUCUGUCCUGUGAAUUCUACAGAGGAUGAAUCGCCCACACAGGAUUUCCCCAUUGGAAAUUCGCCCUAG